AUUUUAAAAAAAAACUCUUUAUCACUAAAGUUUUCGUUUAUUUUUUCUUUCUGAAAUAAAAAUCUCUCCAUUCAGCUUUAGGAAAAAAAAAAUUUGUUUCUAAGAACAAAUCCAAAAAAUGUCUUCGCAUAGUGAUGAAAUCGAAGAAGAACAAAUAUCAAGAAUUGAGAAAGGCAAAGGCAAAGAUUGCCAAGGAGGAAUCGAGACGGUUAUAUGUACUUCUCCCAGCAUUGUCUGCCUUACCCAAAAGUUGAUAGCAGAGAUGAUUGGGACCUAUUUUAUAGUAUUCUCUGGAUGUGGAGUGGUGGUAGUGAAUGUCUUGUACGGAGGAACAAUAACAUUUCCAGGGAUCUGUGUUACUUGGGGUCUCAUUGUUAUGGUCAUGAUUUACUCUACUGGUCACAUUUCCGGUGCACAUUUUAACCCUGCCGUUACCGUUACUUUCGCCAUUUUCCGACGGUUUCCUUGGCAUCAGGUACCAUUGUAUAUAGGUGCACAAUUUGCGGGAUCGUUACUAGCGAGUUUGACAUUGAGACUAAUGUUUAAAGUGACACCCGAAGCUUUCUUUGGAACGACUCCAGCUGAUUCGCCAGCACGAGCGCUCGUCGCAGAAAUCAUUAUCUCAUUCCUCCUCAUGUUCGUUAUCUCUGGAGUUGCCACCGAUAAUCGUGCGGUUGGAGAAUUAGCUGGAAUUGCGGUGGGGAUGACUAUAAUGGUAAACGUCUUUGUGGCCGGACCAAUUUCGGGAGCAUCAAUGAAUCCAGCAAGAAGUCUAGGACCAGCAUUAGUGAUGGGAGUAUAUAAACACAUAUGGGUUUACAUUGUUGGUCCCGUCCUAGGAGUUAUAUCCGGAGGUUUUGUUUACAACCUUAUCAGAUUUACGGAUAAGCCACUCCGAGAACUCACUAAGAGCGCUUCUUUUCUCCGUGCCGUUUCUCCAAGCCACAAGGGUUCUAGUUCUAAGACUUAAUCUUUCUUCUCUUAGUUUGGUCUUCUUCAGUUGCUCGUUCCUCUUGAAUAUUUUCAUGCAUUCUUAAUUCAUUAAUUAACUUUUAGUUUCAUCUAGAAAGACAUGAUCACCUCUAACUCUUGAUUAAAGUUCUUGAUAUCCAAAAACAUUACUAAUCGAAUAUACAAUAACACACCAUGUUCAUGUAGAAUUCGCUAGAGUACUC